AUGAAGGCUAAAGUACAUCUCACUGUAGGAUAUCCAAGCAAAACUUUUCACAAGGAAUUGAAAGUUGGCAAAGCAAUAACAUUAUCAUUAAUGCAUCCCCACAGAGAAUUGUAAGAGCUGUGCUAAAAAUAUCACACUUCGAAAGAUUGCUGUCGAGAAAGUGCUUCAGCUGAUGAACACACAGUUAAAUGACAUUUGUUCCAGAAAACAGCCAUCUAUUCUCAGAGAUAACACAAAGGAUGAAAUCGUGAGCUCUGCCUUCGAGGUUUUUCUCGGAGGGUGA